AUGAUUCGAGAUGCUGACUGUGAUGGUAACGGAACAGUGGAAUUUGAUGAAUUUCUCCGAAUGAUGCGAAGAUAUUCACAGAAUCAACGAUCAAAAUCUCCUGAUGAUGAACUUCGUGAUGCAUUCAAUGUAUUUGAUCAAAAUGGUGAUUCUGUUAUUGAUUUCGGUGAAAUCAAACGGACAAUGCACUUUCUAGGUGAAGCUGUGACUGAUGAUGAAGUCCGCGAAAUGAUUAGAGAAGCUGAUCUGGAUCAAGAUGGAUUAGUUGAUUUUGAAGAAUUCAAAGUGUUAAUGAAAUUACUACGAUCACGUGAUGGACAUAAGAAGAAAAAGAGUAAAGGAUAA